CGCCCUUAUGUGGUAAAUACCUAUUUAUUUACUUUGUGUUCUGUCUUUGUUAUCACAUUUUAAAUUGAGUGUUGUGUUGACAGUUGAAUCCAGUGAGGGUGAACUCCCUGAUUCUGCGAUGUGGCCAACCGGUAAGGUGCACAGAAGACCAAGGCCUUCUACUUCAGCGCAGACCCCUCAGAUCCACAAAAGGCCUCCAAUCAUUGAGAACUGUGGGCAGGAACAGACAUCUGGGGAUGGACGGGACAUGAAUUCAGAGCCUCUCAGCCAGUCUGGAAGGGUGACUCGGCUGAUGGAGAGAAAUUAUGAUGGGGUGAUCUCAUCCUCCAACUCUGAUGACAUCUCUAUCUACUCCUUCACUGACUGUGAAUCUGAGAGCCCAGGGAAAGUCUCUGGUCCUGUGUCUGGCCUCUCUCCUCUUGUGACCUCAGCACCCCGGACCCUGGCUGAAGCCCUACAAGCCCUGCCCUCUGCUGUGGCCCGUCCCUCCCAAAAGGAUGUCCCAAAGCUUCCGACACCUCCAAGCCCUGUCUCUGUCAUUGUUGCUUCGCCUGCUGUGGAGUACUUACCAUACCACCACAGCCCUCGCCUGGCCCCAAUCACCAACCUGAGUGAGAACGGCAGGAAGCUGCUCCAGAAAAUGUCAGGAGUGACGCCACAGGAAAGGAAGGUCAAAAGGAAAAAGACCAAGGGAAAAAAGCAAGUGAAGAAAGAGAAGGCCAGUAAGAUGCAGCAGGUGGAAAAUGUUGGAGAAAGUAAGGAGGACAAGAAAGAGGAAAAGAAGAGUCUGAGGAAGAGGUGA